AUGUCUGCUCCACGCGGGCCCCGGGGCGGCCCUGGCCCUGCCGCCGCCGCCGCCACCGCUGCCUCAGCGGCCGGCGCCAUGCCGGAGAUGCCGGACCUCAGCCACCUCACCGAGGAGGAGAGGAAGAUCAUCCUCGGUGUCAUGGACCGACAGAAGAAGGAGGAAGCGAAGGAACAGUCGAUGCUAAAGAUCAAAGAAGAACCAAAGCCUCAGCCGGCACAGUGGUUUAGUGGGAUCACUGAGCUGGUAAAUAACGUCCUUCAGCCCCAGCAAAAGUCCCAAAAUGACAAGGAGCCAGAGCCAGACGCGAAGUUGCACCAGCAGUUUGAGUCGUAUAAGGACCAGGUUAAGAAGAUGGGGGAGGAGACUAAGCCGACUCAGGACCAGAAGAGCGAAGCCCCAACCUGCGGGAUAUGCCACAAAACCAAGUUUGCCGAUGGCUGUGGCCACCUCUGUUCAUAUUGCCAAACGAAAUUCUGUGCUCGGUGCGGAGGACGAGUGUCUCUGCGGUCAAAUAAGGAGGAGAAAGUGGUUAUGUGGGUAUGCAACUUGUGCCGAAAACAACAAGAAAUCCUCACCAAAUCGGGGGCGUGGUUCUACGGCUCGGGGCCUGGUCAGGUGCGGGGCGUGUUUGAGGGCGGGCCGCAGGGGAAGAAGGCCAAACUGCAGGACCCGUCCCUGUACCCCUACCAGGGAGCCUCAGGGGACUUGACACCAGCGUCAGACAGAAGCAGACCUCACGGCGGACUCCUGCCCAGACAGGCGUCCCUUGACAACGGUUCGGGGCUGAGGUACUCAGUGCCUGGCGACGCACCCAUAGACAGGAAACGAAGCCCAUCUGCAUCCAGGGAUCCAAACCAAAAAUACGACCAAAGGGAGGGGGGCGACCACUCACAGUAUGCCCCGACGGACGGCGGCAUGCCCAGAUCACCGUCUGACUAUGGGGAUGGGGACCCUCGGCGGGCUCCGCGGGGCCCACACAUGUACCCAGAUGUGGAUGCGACACGGAUGGGCUACCGGGACCGGCGGGGCCCCGGACGCUGGCACUCCCAGGAAUACCCGCUGGACCAGGAGCUAGAUGGACCUCCCAGUGAGUAUGACCUCCAGCGGCAGCGGCAGGAGGAGUUCCAGGCGCGCUAUCGCAGCGACCCCAACCUGGCACGCUAUCCUGUUAAGCCACAGCCCUACGAGGAGCAGAUGAGGAUGCACGCUGAAGUGGGACGCCUGAGGCACGAGCGCCGUCACAGUGAUGUUUCCCUGGCCUACACAGAGCAGGAUGACCCAGGCCCCAUCCGGCUGUCCCGUCAGCAUCUCACCGAGCGCCGGCCGCCUAUGGUGGGACAGCGCUCGUACUCCGUCGACCGCUCCUCCCCCGGGCCCAUGGGUCCCGGCCUCGGCGGCCACAGGACCUCCAACCACAGCCCCCCGACGCCGCACCGCAGCCCCGUGCUGGGUGACCGAUCUGGGGAUCUGCGGAGAGGGGACCUUGGUGUUGGCGGGGAUCCCAUGAGGAGGCAGCAACACCAUUUGGACCCCAGUUCAGCUGUCCGCAAGACUAAGAGGGAAAAGAUGGAAAGCAUGCUGAGGAACGACUCUCUCAGCUCGGACCAGUCAGAGUCGGUGCGCCCGCCACCCCCCAAGCCCCACAAAACCAAAAAGGGAGGAAAGAUGCGGCAGGUGUCGCUGAGCAGCUCGGAGGAGGAGCUGGCCACCACACCGGAGUACACCAGCUGUGAGGACGUGGAGAUAGAGAGUGAGUCAGUCAGUGAGAAAGGGGACAGUCAAAGGGGAAAAAGAAAAACUAUUGAGCAGACAUUUAUGUCCGAGCCGACACACACCUUAUCUGAGAGGCAAAAGAAAAUGGUGCGCUUUGGGGGACACUCAUUUGAAGAGGACUUGGCAUGGUGUGAACCGCAGGUUAAAGACUCGGGAGUUGAUACGUGCAGUAGCACUACCCUAAACGAGGAGCAUAGCCAUAGUGAGAAGCACCCGGUGACGUGGCAGCCGUCCAAAGAUGGGGAUCGCCUAAUAGGGCGUAUUUUGCUCAAUAAGCGCAUGAAAGAUGGAAGUGUGCCUCGAGACUCAGGAGCUCUGCUUGGUCUGAAGGUGGUGGGAGGCAAGAUGACAGAAUCUGGUAGACUUUGUGCUUUUAUCACUAAAGUGAGGAAAGGAAGUCUAGCGGACACUGUUGGACACCUCAGACCAGGUGACCAGGUGCUGGAGUGGAACGGGAAGCUUUUACAAGGAGCCACAUUUAAAGAAGUUUACAAUAUCAUUCUAGAGUCUAAGCCUGAGCCGCAGGUGGAGCUGGUGGUCUCACGGCCUAUAGGAGAUAUUCCAAGGAUACCAGACAGCACACAUGCACAACUGGAAUCAAGUUCGAGUUCUUUUGAGUCUCAGAAGAUGGAUCGCCCAUCCAUCUCCGUCACGUCCCCCAUGAGUCCCAGCAUGCUGAGGGACGCCCCCCAGUACCUGUCAGGACAGCUCUCAAGCCAAAGCCUUAGUAGAAGAACAACGCCUUUUGCCCCUAGGGUCCAGGUUAAACUUUGGUAUGACAAAGUAGGCCAUCAGCUAAUCGUCACCAUCCUGGGCGCCAAAGACCUGCCACCCAGGGAAGACGGCCGGCCCAGGAACCCUUACGUCAAAAUCUACUUCCUCCCUGAUAGAAGCGACAAAAGCAAGAGGAGAACAAAAACGGUAAAGAAAUCCUUAGAACCCAAAUGGAACCAGACCUUUAUGUAUUCGCCGGUGCACCGGCGGGAGUUUCGGGAGCGAAUGCUGGAGAUCACACUGUGGGACCAAGCCAGGGUGAGAGAGGAGGAAAGCGAAUUCCUGGGAGAGAUCCUUAUCGAGCUGGAGACAGCUCUUCUGGAUGACGAGCCACACUGGUACAAGCUACAAACCCACGAUGUGUCCUCCAUCCCGCUCCCACGUGCCUCCCCGAACGCACAGCGCAGGCAGCUCCAUGGCGAGAGUCCAACACAGCGGCUGCAGAACAAAGGCUCAUAUUCAUACAACUCAGGAUCCCAGAGGAUAAGUGACAGCGAGAUCUCCGACUACGAUUGUGAAGAUGGUGUCGGGGUAAUAACAGACUACCGGCCAAACGGCAGAGACUUCCAGAGCUCCACGUUGUCUGUCCCUGAGCAGGUGAUGUCAUCCAACCACUGCUCUAGGUCCGCGGAUAUUAACCGGGCGCGGUCGCGCUCUCCCAGCGUCCCCCCUCCGUCCAGCAGAAGUCUGGACCCGGCCUUUGAUCUUAGGCCUUCUCAGUACAGCUCCUCCACUAGAGUGGACCACCACAGUGUGACAGAAGAUAACUACUCACCUGACAGCCGCAACCACCGCGUGUACCCGAUCUGCCGAGAGGAAGCAGUCAGGUUACUGCGUUCCACUAGGAUGGCCCGCGCCUAUUCUGAGGGCGCCUACUCCUCCGACUAUGACUACGAGAGGAACCACGGAGCCAUGGAUAGACACGAGUAUCACAGCAGGUCCCGCUCUGCAGACCAGCGGCCCACUAUAGAGCGCCCCACGUCCCGCUCGCGCUCCACUGAACGCCCCCACGACUCUUCGCUCAUGAGGUCCAUGCCGUCUCUGCCAUCUGGGAGGUCCGCACCCCCCUCACCUGCCUUGACGAGGGCGCACCCUCGUAGUGGAUCAGUCCAGACCAGUCCCACCAGUACCCCCAUGUCCAGCAGACGAGGACGGCAGCUCCCGCAGCUUCCACCCACGGGGAAAGACAGAAAAGAUGGAGACGAAGGAACAGAGCCUUGUGAAGGUAUGGACAUGGAGGAGAGGACCAGGAACAUGAAACUGAAGAUGAACAAGUACAAGCAGGGAGCGGGCUCCGACUCCAGACUGGAGCAGGACUACCACAAGCGCUCAGGCAGAGAUCCACGGGGCUCAGAUAACCUGUCGGCCAAGUCAUCGGACAGCGAUGUAAGCGACGUGUCCGCUGUGUCGAGAACCAGUAGUGCCUCUCGGUUCAGCAGCACGAGCUACAUGUCUGUCCAAUCAGAAAGGCCACAAGGAAACCGCAAGAUCCGCCAGUUGCGAUCAAGGAGCCAGUCUCGGGAGGGGGAUGAGCAUUUAGGAGAAGUGCUAGAGGAGGAGGAGGCGGGUGGGGGAGGAGGAGAGGAAGGGAGAAGGGUCAGUAAAGAGGGGAGAUCGCAGGGAGGAAGGAAGGGAUCGGGGGGGAGGGUAGACACAGACAAGGAGCAUCAGGAGGAUUUGGUGGAAAAAGAAGAGGACUUGCACCAAAGGAGUAUCUCAGAGACUGACCUCAGUGACUUUGCAUCCAAAAUGAAAAACAGGCAGAUGGGCUCGUCGGGCGGGAUGAACAUGACCAAGAGCACAAGCAUCAGCGGCGACAUGUGCAACCUGGAGAAGACGGACGGCAGCCAGUCGGACACGGCGGUCGGCACGGUAGGCACCGACGACAAGAAGAGGCGCUCCAGCAUUGGUGCCAAAAUGCAGGCCAUGGUUGGCAUGUCGCGCAAGAGCCGGAGCACCUCUCAGCUCAGCCAAACAGAAGCGGGAGGCAAGAAGUUACGCAGCACGAUCCAGAGGAGCACAGAGACGGGCCUGGCGGUGGAGAUGAGGAGCAGGAUGACUCGGCAGGCCAGCCGGGAGUCCACGGACGGCAGCAUGAACAGCUACAGCUCCGAGGGAAAUCUCAUCUUCCCUGGUGUGAGGCUCUCCUCAGAUGCCCAGUUCAGUGACUUCCUGGAUGGUCUCGGCCCUGCUCAGCUGGUUGGACGACAGACGUUGGCUACGCCACCUAUGGGUGACAUCCAGAUCGGUAUGGUGGAGAAGAAAGGAGCGCUGGAGGUGGAGGUCAUCAGAGCCCGUGGCCUUGUGGGAAAACCAGGUUCCAAGGCACUGCCAGCACCAUAUGUAAAGGUCUACCUUUUGGAAAACGGAGUCUGCAUAGCCAAAAAGAAAACAAAAGUAGCAAGAAAAACCUUGGACCCUCUUUACCAGCAGCAACUGCCGUUUGAGGAGAGUCCGGGAGGGAAGGUUUUACAGGUGAUCGUUUGGGGCGACUACGGACGUAUGGACCAUAAAUCAUUCAUGGGAGCAGUUCAGAUACUGUUAGACGAGCUGGACCUGUCCAACAUGGUGAUUGGCUGGUUCAAGCUCUUUCCUCCUUCCUCACUGGUGGACCCUACUCUGGCCCCACUGACAAGAAGAGCUUCCCAAUCCUCACUGGACAGUUUCUCUCGAUCAUAGCAGCGUGCGGACUGAUAGCGUUGUUGUAGCAGCCAGUGUUGCGAUUACAGGUCACGCCCCCCCGGUUACACUGCAUGCUUGAUGUUGUGUCUUCUGAGCCUGUUUCUAGGGGUGCAAACGUGAUCCUGUGUUUUAAGGAAAAACGUCGCACACAUUGUGCACGUGGCGAAGCGUGUUGCGAGCGCCUGGCGGCCGGGGUUGCCGGGUGUUGUUGUUGUAGUUUGGAGGAAGCUGGAAUGAACUCCUUAGCACGAGGAAUCCGUCAGUUCCAGGUUUUCAUCCAAUUCGAAGCCAUGGGGGUCAGUGCUGGGAACCGCUAAACGAGUUCUACAGAAGCCCUUUUCGAAUGAAAAAUAAAUGU